AUGUCCACAACAGUAAAGGAUGAUACUAAAAAGAAUAUAAGUAAUUUAAAGGUUGUUAUUCUUGGUGAUCUGGGGGUAGGUAAGACAUGUCUUCGUUCUCAGUUUGUUCACCAUAUUUUCACUAAUGCAUACAAAUCGACAAUUGGAGGUGAUUACUUAACGAGUACAGUACGAGUGACGCAGCGAGAUAAUGCUAGUGGAGCCACGGAGGAUACUACUGUGAAUUUACAGGUGUGGGAUACGGCAGGUCAGGAGCGGUUCAAUUCUAUAUCGCAGACUUUCUACCGAGGAACCGACGUGGUAAUAUUGGUAUAUGAUGUGACUAAUUUUGAGUCUGUAUUGAGUCUACGAGACUGGUUCCAUCGGUUCUUGGAGCAUUGCCACGUUGAGCAGCCUGGAGUGAUGAUCGUAGGGAACAAGACAGAUAAGACAAACGAGAGGUGUGUGGAUAUGGAGGAAAUACGAGAGAUUUUGACCAGCAACGUAGAGAAUAGCGUGGAUGGCUAUGUUCUUGAUUGGGAAUUGGAUUUGAAAGAAGUGAGUUCGAAAAAUUUAGAUUUGGUGGAAGGGGUAUUUAUCAGAGUAGCUGAGAUUGGUUUAGAAUUGGCCAAAGAUGACCCCGGCACUUCACGCCGCAGGAUGGUGAGCUUCGACGAUGUUUACCUAACAGAAAACCAGUGCAGAUCGCCGACUUCGAAGUGCUUUUGCUGA